AUGUCUCGAGCGUCUAAACUCACACUUGCGGCGACAUCUUUGUUCGCUGCUAGCACUAUUGUCAUUGUGCAUUUCCAGCAAAAGUUCGAGAAAGAGGCCAUGCACCAGGGCGUAGUGCGUGACAUAGAACUACAGCGCGUCAAGAGAGAGCGACAGCUGGACUUUGAGAUGCAGCGUGCCCUCGAGGAAGAGUACAAGCGAGAGCAGACAGUUCAGGACUCAACAGCAACAAUUUCUGGCACUAGCGGCGGGGGUCGGAGUUUACGAUAA